UAUGAGUGAUUGAACAAGCCAUAAAGAUGAAGUCAACGUGGCAGUGCUCAAAGGCAUUAUGGGAAGAUGUAGUGUUGAAGGUGAACAGAGCAGUGGUGUAUGUUGAUGACCCAUGUGCCGAGCUGCUACACUGGCAGGGCGGAAUGGCUCGACUCCUGGAGGCCGGGGCUGUGGAUGUGCGCGAGUUCUCUUCUUUUGAGAAGGCAGAUCCUAAUCAGAAAAAGGCAGUGUUCAUUGUCAGCUCCAUGUUGCGAGACUCUGUGACUCGGGACGUGUUGAAGGAUGUUGUUGAACAAAGCAACUUUCAGUAUGUUGUUGUCAUCUCCACUGUUAGCAGCAAUGUGCUUGCUUUUGACCGCACAGGAAGUGCAGAGGUUGAUGACAAACAUGACUUUGAUGAAAUAGAAGAUCUUCUGCUUCAGUGGAUGGGAAACAUGAAUUACACUGCAGAAAUAUUUCACAUCCCUCUGUUCACUGCCGACAUAUGUCCUGGACUGUUCGUCACGCCAGCUUUCUCUCAAGUGUUCCCGUUACUUGAGACGGACGUACAACAUGUACAGCUACAGUACAACACUGCUCACAAGGUCAAGGGAGACAAGGCAUCGUUUACCUCCCUGUCUGAGAUUGAGUGUCAGUAUCUUCCCAAAGCAUUACAGGUUACUUUCAAGAGGCUUGCUUGCUGCUUCCAUGCCUUGCUGAGUGACCUCGGGGUCAGGGAAGACCUGUACAGCAUGGGUCACACAAGUCGACUACUAGCCACAGAGAUUGAAAACUACCCACCUGCCAAGAUUAGAAGGAAGAAUGUCUCCAACAGAGCUUCAGUCAUCCUGAUUGACCGGACCCUAGACCUUGCAUCCCCUGCUGGCCACCAGCUGGACACUCUACUGGACAAGAUCACCAGCGUCCUGCCAUCACUGCCUCGUCACAAUGCUGAUGUCAUGGUCGACAUGACCCCUCUCUGCUCCAUUGUAAAGGAUGCUAAAAACGUCAUUGUCCCAGGAAGCCUAGCGUCGGGCAGCUUCUCUUCACAACCUAUACAUUUGCAGAAUCUGGUGUUUGGUAAACACAAGGAAUGUUUAAUGGCUGUAAAUCGACGGCUAGUUGAAGCUGCUACCAGUGAGAAGCUUCCCGUCAACUUGGCAGGCAAACCAGGACGUGUGACUGCAGAACAGCUAGACACCACACUCAGUUUAUUCAAAGGCAACUAUGCUGCCAUUGAGUCUCAUCUAGAUACUCUCCAGGUUGCCAUGGCAACAUCACAGGCUUUGAAACAUCAGGAUACUAGUCGCCAUGACAACCUAUUAAGCACAGAAAAGAAUCUUGUCCAACUUGUUGGAGAUGACAGCUCUGCCGGUGGUCUGUCCCACAUACUGACCUUGCUCAAAGGUCAACUACAGCUUCCAGCCAAUCAGAGGUCCCAUAGUCUGGACGAUGUGUUGAUGGUGCUGAUGUUCCUGUACUCGCUGUCAGGAGGAGACUGUGGGGACGAGGAACUGGAAGUGCAGGACCAGCUUGUGGAGGCUAUUUUAGCUGAGAAGUCCGACUUACCGGUGAUACAUUCUAUUGUGGGGGAUGCUGUUAGUGGCAGUAUUGUGAGGGACCUGCUGGAGGAUGUGUGGAGCAAACUGGAGGCUGUGGGGACUGCUCGGGACGACCUCAAGAACUUCCAGUCCAUCCUGGAGCCAUCUACAGCCAUCAGUCCAGCCAGCAUGAAGCCUCUGCUGAAGACAAUAGUGGAACAGAUCUUCAGCCCCGACAAGCCCGAGCUUGUGGAUCUAGAAUUUAAAUCGAGUGGACUCAAAGACUUCUUGAAAUCAGGAUUUGGAUUGUUUAUGAACGUGAGCAAGCCCGGCCCCAGUGACCACCCUUUGCUGCUGGUGUUUGUAGUGGGUGGGGUGACCGCGCCAGAGGUCAAGCAGGUCAGAGAUGUGGACAAGCAGGUCAGAGAUGUGGUGGACAAGAUGAAGCUUGAUAAACAGGUUGUCAUUGGAAGCACAAAACUGUUGCGAGGAACUGAUGUUCUCCAGUCUAUUUUCUGCCAGAACAACGUGGACCCAGAUGCUGUUAUGUAGUCUUGUUGAUGAUCUGUUUUUUUUAUGUAUAGAGGGAAAUGAGGCAAUAAAACCUGUUUUCAUGUG